ACCCCAGAGCACACUAUCGCUUGCGUACAAGGCUUUCACAGGCGUCUGCCUGCCGAGCUGAUGUGUGAUGUCUAUAUAAACGAAUGCAUCCGAGAACUCGACUAAUCAAUCAUUCGCACGCAAACCAUACUCCAGCUCUUCGAUCACAAACCGCACUCGAUUCCAUCGCAAGCUAGGAGGUGCACGAGAGCAUCCUCAGUACUCGCGUGGCGGCGUGGGUGAUCGAUCACAGCGAGCAAGUUGGUUAGGAAUGGGCAACGUGGAGGCGACGUCGCUCAUCGUCCCGCCGGAGCUGGGUGACGCGCUGGCCAAGGUGGCCGUGUUCGCGGUCGUCCAGGCGCUGAUCUACCUGAUCCUGCGGAAGUCGUCGGACGUCUUCUCCCCGGCGGGGAGGACAGCGAGCAGGUCGCGCAGCUUCCGGCCGAUGCGGAGCAUGAGCGUCCGGCGCGUGCUGGCCGCGUUCUCCGACGUCCCCAUCGGCGUCCUGGAGGCGGACGGCGGCGCGCCGUCACCGUCAACGGUGGAUCCCGGGGCUGACCGUGCCAACUGGCUGAAGUGAUUUGAAUUUUCUUAGAUAUGAUGCUUUGAUUGACUACAGUAAACAGUAAGAACUCUCAAAAUUCAAAAAGAAAUAUUAGUAAUGUAGAUGGUAUUUGAGGUGUGGCGUCAUGUAUGUGUAUAUAUAUAGAUAGAUAGAUGUGUUUGUGUGUUGAGCUGA